AUGUCUAAUCGAUCGCCCUCACAAAGUCCUUCGAGACACAUAACCGUUGUUGACGUUUACGAUUUGGCCGCAUCGAUUGGCAAAGACUUCGAGCGAAUCAUUGAUUUAUUCGGCAGUGACAGUGUUCGACAAAUUAUGCCAAAGGUAAUAUCAGCUUUAGAAACUCUUGAAGCAUUAGCAAACAAUAAUGAAAAAGAAAACGAAGAAAUUAUAUCACUUAAAAAGGCUGUUGAGCGACUAGAAAAUGACAAAUAUUUAAAACAACAAGAUCGACUAAAAUUUGAAAUGGAACUUGAAGCAAUUGAAGAAAACUAUAGGAAGGAAAUAGAUGAUUUAUGGACAAUGGUGAAGAAUUUGCAAUUAGAAAAUAGGCAUUUAAGUGAAUUGUCUUCUCACGCUAAUAGUCCAACUUUGCCAGGAGCUCUUCGUGACGAAGAUUUAAAUGUAAUGCUCGAGCUUCGUGAAUUAUCAAAUAAACAAAAGGAACAAAUCAAAGAAUUGCAAAAGGAUAUUGAUACAUAUUCUUGUGAAGUGGAAAAUCUGCAUAAUAACAUUGAAAAAUUGAUAAGGCAAAAUGAGGAAUUGUUACGAAAGAAUGCUUCUCUGCAGAAACAAGGGCGAAUGCUUGUGGAAGAAAAAAGUGAUAUUAUAAAACGAUUGCAACUUACAGAAGAAUCUAAUAUUAAGCUGACUAAACUUUUCAAAGAUGCCACUCGACAAUGUAAAGAUCUUCAACAAUAUCAAAUGGAAGAUGGCGAAAAUGCUCCAAAGUUCACAUUAGCUGAGCUUCGGGAAGUUUUACAGGAAAAGAAUUUACUUAAAGGUAAAGUGAUGGAAUUAGAAGAGGAGCUUGAACAGUUGCGACCAAAAAGUAGUAGUUCCAGUAGUAGUGAGACGAAUAAGGAUCUGUUGUUUGAAACCAGAAGCUCCAAUUCUGAUGAAUGCACAGUUUAUGGUCCAAUUAACAAAGAACCCGAAGAAAAAUUGCGUCCAUGGAAAUACGAAAGAAAAGAUAGUGGAGUUAGAAAAUUUUUCCGCUUUUUCUUUAAAGAAGGAUUCAAGGACAGCCCAAUGCACGCACCAAGUAGUCCAGUGCCUCCAAUGCGAACAAUGUCAUCUCUUUCAAAUAUCAAUGUGUCACCACGGUCUUAG